UCUCGUCCCCGUCGUUGCGUGCUUUGAUCGGGAUCGAUGGCGGCGGAGGCGGAGGACCCGGCGGCGACGGCGACGCUCGAGAAGUUCCGCCUCUACGAGACGCGCGCCAGGUUCUACGUGAUCGGGAGCUCGCGGGAGAAGCGGUCGUUCCGGGUGCUCAAGAUCGACCGCUCGGAGCCGUCGGAGCUCCACCUCAGCGAGGACCCCGUCUGGUACUCCCAGCAGGAGGUCAAGAGCCUGCUCCAGCGCAUCGCCGAGGGCAACCGCUCCACCGGCGGGCUCACCUUCGUCACCAAGGCCUACGGCAUCGCAGGUUGUAUCAAGUUCUUGGAGUCAUAUUACCUGAUUUUAGUGACCAAGCGUCGUCAAGUUGGCUGCAUUUGUGGCCAUGCUAUAUAUUGUAUAGAUGAGAGCCAGAUGAUCACCAUCCCACACUCAACUGUACAGACAGAUGUUGCAAACUCUAAGAACGAGCUGAGGUACAAGAAGCUCUUGGAAAGCGUUGAUCUCGCAAAAGAUUUUUUCUAUAGCUACACAUACCCAAUCAUGCAGAGCUUGCAGCAGAAUGUCACUUCUGCAGGGAUGAAGGAAAUGCCUUACGAAAAUUUGUUUGUAUGGAAUAGUUUCCUGACAGAGCCAAUUCGAUCAAGGUGCAACAAUGCUCUCUGGAAUGUAGCUCUGGUCCAUGGGCACUUCAAGCAGGUCAAGCUGUCAAUUUUUGGCAGGGAUUUAAAUGUUAUCCUUAUUUCUAGAAGAUCUCGACAUUUUGCUGGGACACGGUAUUUAAAAAGAGGUGUGAAUGACCAUGGAAAAGUUGCUAAUGAUGUCGAAACAGAGCAAAUAGUAUUUGAAGAGGAAGCUGGUUCCUGGAAGGGAAGAAUGAGUGCAGUAGUACAGAUGCGAGGAUCGAUCCCUCUUUUUUGGUCGCAAGAGGCUGGCCGACUUAGUCCUAAGCCUGAUAUUUUUGUGCAGAGGUAUGAUCCUACUUAUGAAGCAACCAAGUUACAUUUUGAGGAUCUUGCUCAGCGUUAUGGACAACCUAUCAUAAUACUUAAUUUAAUAAAGACGGUUGAAAAAAGGCCACGAGAGAUGAUGCUCAGGCGUGAAUUUUCUAAGGCAGUUGAGUAUCUUAAUCAAAAUGUGCCUGAAGAGAGGAAACUGAGAUUCAUUCACUGGGAUUUUCAUAAAUUUGCGAAAAGCAAGUCCGCAAAUGUAUUGGGCGUUUUAGGAGGUGUAGCAAGUGAAGCACUGGACCUUACUGGGUUUUACUACAGUGGAAAGCCAAAAGUUCAGAAAAGAAGGUCAAUCCGUCGAACUAGCACUGCAAGGGAUGGCUCUAUUGAUAUAAGAGCUAGUUCUGGAGAUCUACCAAGACUUUCUAGUAGUGCUGAUGCGCUUGGUUCCACAGGUUCUCAGGAUAUGAGAAAAAAUGAUAGCAAACAAGAGCCUCUGGGUGAUGCUCCUUGUUAUCAAACUGGAGUUCUUCGUACGAAUUGCAUAGACUGCCUGGAUCGCACAAAUGUCGCACAGUAUGCUUAUGGCCUUGCUGCUUUGGGGAGGCAACUUCAUGCAAUGGGACUGACAGAUGUUUCAAAAAUCCAUCCAGAUAGCAGCAUUGCUUCAGCUUUAAUGGAAAUGUACCAGAGCAUGGGUGAUGCACUUGCUCAUCAGUAUGGAGGUUCUGCAGCACAUAAUACGGUUUUCCCUGAGAGGCAAGGGAAGUGGAAGGCUACUACACAGUCUAGGGAGUUUCUAAAAUCAAUUAAACGAUAUUACAGCAAUGCCUACACUGAUGGUGAGAAACAAGAUGCUAUAAAUUUAUUUCUGGGUUAUUUCCAACCUCAAGAAGGAAAGCCAGCUCUCUGGGAGCUGGAUACUGAUUACUAUCUCCAUGUGACAACAGCUGGUGAUGAUAGCUACCAUUUGAGUUCUGCACCUGGAAAUAAUGUGUCUGGGGGAUCUGGAGAUGCCAUGAGCCCUAGAUCCACAUUGAGCCCUGUGCCAGCAUGUAAAGAUGACUUCUCAAGGAUGAAGCUUACUUCAUUUGACAAACUUAUAGAAAGGACCUGUAGUUCGCUUAGGGAUGUGAGGCUUCACCGUGAUGCUGAUCUAAAGCCAAGUGGUGGUGUUGGAACUUCUGGAAUGGCUCCAGAUGCAGCUGAAAUACAGCUCAAAACCCCAAACUGGUUGUUUGGUCAAAGAAAACAUGCAGAGCCAGCUCCAACAACCAAAGUUAUUCCAGUGGAAAAUGUGAACGAUGGAAACAAAGAUGACACGCAUGCCUCUAUAUGCGGGGAACUGAACUGGCUUUCCUCCUCAGCAGAUUUAUGUGAGGAGGACAAUUUCAGAAGGUAUUUGGCAUUCACAACAGCGGAUGCAGAGAAUGGCUGGUACAGUGGAACACUGUUAUACGACCAAGAUGAGAACAGCGGGGCUUAUAAACAUUAUUCCGAACUAUGCCAGGGGCCUGUCAUGGAUCCUUUUGAGCAUGAUCCCGAGAAAGAACGCCAUUACGCGGAGGCUCUUAGUGUGGAUAUUGCGAUCACGGACGACGCGCAGGUGGAAGCAGAAAUGAAAGCCGCGCUGGACGACUACCAGAUAGUAGGUUCGGACCUGUGCAUCAUCCCGUCGUGCGGGGCCCUUGCCGAGGAUCCAAGCCAGCUGACGAGGUGGAUCAUCGGGGACGAGAAGCUACGCGUCGUCAGUGCCGUGCAGUAGCUCGGUCUGUGUUAAAGAGAAUGUACAGGCUGCUAGAACAUUCUUGGAAUUCGUUUCGUGUAUAUAAAGCGCUCGCUGUACAAAACAAGGUGUCCGUCCAUUUUUUCUGGUGGGAGGAAAUAAUAAUUAAGCAUCCUUGGAGGCCUUCGUCGAUGUAGGAUUGGAGAACACUGAACACAGACACGGUAAACCAAGGAUGUUUUAAGGUGUGUAUGUAUAUUCACAAUUGGCUCAUUGUGUUGAGUCAGGUUCUGUGUUAUUGAAUUGCACAUGCAAAUAAUUUCAAUCGAAGUAUUUUGUCGUUGA